GAGGCAAUAGACAAAUCAGUGGAAGAAGCAGAGCUCAGGCAUGAAGACACUGUGCGUCUUCAGAAUGAAAUGCAGGCAUUAAAACAUGAGCUGGCGGCAGAAGAAGAAAUGAUGAGCGAGCUGUUUUGUAAAGAAAACAAUGAUGUCCUUGCUCUUCCUAAGCUCCCAAAAGAGAGCCUAGAAGCACCUAUUCUUCAGGAUCUGAUACUGAAGAUCCCAAACCAAGAAGGUGUUCUUAGGGACUUGAACAAAGUUCAGCAGUCAAGGGAGAUGAAGGCUAUGUUGGAUUCUCUCGAACAAGCUUAUGAAAACUUGGACAAAUGUGAAAUUCAAAACCAAGAAGAAAAUCUUAACACUGAGCAGCCACAUGACUGCAGUGAUUCCUUCUGAACAGGCCUCUUAAGCAAAGUGGCUCCUCCUAAACAAAGGACCUGGAUCCUGCCCAUCAAGCAGAGACAUAAGCUGCAUCUCAUUUUCAUCUUACAAGACUACAUACAAGAAAGGCUGAACCAUUUUGUCUGCAAACUCUCAUGCUCUUGUGUUCUGUCUUUAGACACUGCAUUCCUAAAAUUUCUCAGUGUCUUUUGGAUUCUGAAGUGUCUGUGCAAAAGAAGAUCUUCCGCUUGUCGUUGUGACGCCUGAACUCACCAGAUGCUGUUUUCCCAUUUUUACUGUGGAAAUCUUGAUUGAUACCAUAUUCGUGACAUUCUGCAGUUCAAAGGCGGCAACAGCCUAGCUUCCCACAGAGGGACUAUAUUCAUAUAGGGCUGAACUUUUCGCAACCCUUUUCCUUUCCCAGAGAACUGAAUAGAACUGUCUAAAUGCAAUAGACCUCGUCACCAUGCUCCUUGAUGCUUUAAUCUGCAAGUCCCCCCGCCUGACAAACUUGUUACUUAAUCCGUGUUAAGGCCUGUUCUGAAAAACGUGUGAUAGCUGAUUGUAUCUGACAUGAAUAUUCUUGCACUGAUCGGAUGACCCACCUGAUCCCACCGUGGCUACAGGAGCUCUGUUGCCAAUGGCAAUCACUUGCUUUUGCUGCUUCGGAGCUAGCUUGCGUGAGUGUAAUUGAAAAUAAUAUUUCUGUUGGUUUUCUUACACGGUGACCUUGGUAGAAUUUGUCUAGAAAAUGUGAGCGCCUAUCAAUCUAGGCACAAUUGUCCUUGUUAUAAAGCUACAGCUAGUACACAAUUUGUCUAGUACACAGAUGUGACAUUAGUCCCAUGGCAAGCUGGCAUACAUGCACACCUGUUGGUGAUAUGUGGUUGACCCAAACAUCCAGUUUACAGUACAUUAGACUUUAUCUUAACAGACAAGAGUUGUGAAUUGGUGGUAUUUUUCUUCCCUUAAUAUAAAAAAGUAAAACCUUGGUUAUAACCAUGCAAAGAUUUUAUCUUGGUUGCAUUUUCCCCUUUCAGAAUAAAAACUGGAUCUGCCAUAGGUGUUGAAACACAUAUGAAAGUAGGAGGAGCCUGCAAUUAAAGGAUUACUGUUUUCAUUGUAGGUAUUGGUAUGAUUCUUUAAACAAAAAAUCACACCUGGUUCUUCACAAGUUUAUGGUUAGCGAAUACAAGAUUAAAGUGUUAAUCUCAUCUCUUUCAGAGUUCUCUUAUUUCAUUGUCCCUCCCAUUCAGUUUUGGAAACGGAAAACAAAAUGCAUAUAUCAUUCACCCAGUUUCCCUUUUUCAUAUUUGUUCAUUUUCCAAAAGGCAGGCUACAACAAAUUGCUUUUCUCAACAACAGUAGAGAGAAUGCUUUGACACUGGGAUGCAGCUGAGCCGUGUUAUUUGUUUACAGUUUUACUGGUCUCUUUAAUGAGGGAAAUUAACGCUGGUCUGUAAUCCACCGAGAGCUAAAUGCAUUUGUGUGGUUGCUAUGGAUGGGACCUUGGA